AUGAAAUCAUCAUCUUCCUUAUCUAUCUUACUGCUUCUCGCUGCGGCCAAUGUGGCAGCUGGAAUAUCCAGGUCUCCUUUCGGACUUGCUGUUCCAUCAUUUAUUCCCCGUGGUGGUGAAAGUGUCACUAACGAGAAGACGAAAGAAGAAACUCUUGACGAGAAAGUGCAAUCUGCCAUGAAAAAACUUGGAAUUUCGGCUGGGGACGAGGAUGAAAUGGCAUGCAAAGAUGGCGUAUGCACGAUACCGAAUGCAAAUGUGAAUACAGAGAGCGCAAGUGCAGUUGAUCCCAACCAACUUGCCAGGGAAGUUGCGGAAGAAAUGAAUGUGGAUCCCAGCCUUGCCAUGGCUGCCAUCGGUGCUACAUCUACAUUUGGAACAAACAACCAACGACUCUACAAUGGAAAAGCAGCAAGAGAAAUGAUUCAACAAGAAUUGGAUUUGAUUGCCAACAUUCCAGAAGAGAGUGAGGAGGCUCAACAGUUGAUUAGCGAAGGAUUCGAUCCGUUCAUGAGUCGACGAGCCUUGGCGUUUGCAGAAAAGAACAUGGACGAUGCUCGAGCCAUCCUAUUGGCAGACAAAUUUGACCAAGAAGAAGAGGAAGCAGAGGAGCAGAAAUCUAAGGAAGCAGAAGACGACGAAGCGGCAAUCAGAGCUCAACUGCGUGACGAAAAGAAAAAUAAUGAUGUCGUGGAGGUCAAGGCAAAUUUUGACCCAACGACACUUCCCCUUAACUCCACUGCCGCACCAGCAAAACCACAGGCACCAGAGGGAAUGCCCAAACCAGCAGCAAAGGAAUCUGUUGUCUUUGAAGCGACCACGGCACAACUUCAAGAACUCGUUUUGGAGUCCCCUGUUCCCGUUCUUUUGGACGUUUAUGCAGACUGGUGUGGCCCAUGCAAAGCACUGACCCCGGCUUUAUCAGAAAUGGCUGUCAAAUCUGGUGGCGCUUUUCGAUUGGUGAAGCUCAACUCGGAUAAUGAAAAGCCCGCGAGUGCAGCCUUGGAGGUGAAGGCACUUCCAACAGUGUUUGGAAUUCGCGACGGAAAGAUUAUCCACAUGUUCGAAGGAAUGCCAAAAUCAGAAGAAAUGAUGAAGAAUUUCAUGAUGGGUCUAUUCAAUGCUGCACCUUUCCAACCAGCAGUCACAGAUAAGCAAACCUUGAAAUACGAAGAGUUGACGGCCAAACUCAUCAAGACUGCAAGUUCCGCAUCGUUUCCUUUCUCGGCUCGGGAGCGCUUGACGGAACGAAUCAACACGCGACUGAAUGAGCUGGUGGAGAGCGAUUCAAUCAGCGACGUUGAGGGAGCAGCAAGACUCAUGCGUACGCUAUUCAAUAACAUUGUAUUGCACCCAUUGGAUAAGAAGUACCGUUCCGUGAACUUGGAAAACAAGGCCGUUGCUUCAAAAAUUGGAAGCAGCACUAUCUGCCUUUCGAUUUUAAAAAGCGUCGGUUUUGGGAAAUCCGGCUCUGGAUUGAUCAUUGGCAAAGAUAAGAAGAUUGUUAAUUUGGCACCACUCAUGAUUGCAAGAGAUGCUAUUGAUCAUUGGAUUCAAAAGAACGAGCGCGAGAUGGUUGCCGCAGCACGAAGGCAAAAGGACCUAAUCGAUAGAGAAAAGGUGCAAGCAGAGCUUGCAGCUGCUGCUGAACAACAAGAAGCUGAAGAGGAAGAGGAAGAAGAAGAGGUUGAUUCCACCAUUUGCAAAUUGAAGGUGCGACUAGAUGGCAAGAAGAAGGUACAUGAAAUGGAUUUGAGUGAAGACGACCCUAUUAGUAAAGUCGCAGAUCUCCUAGAGAUUGAUCAAUCGCAGGAAUUCCAAAUCACAUGUGUUGCCAAGCGAUUGGUGUUGAAGUCAACCGACAAAGCAGCGAUGCAAAAGUCACUGAAGGAACACAAGUUGAUGCCUGCAGCUGCUGUUGUUGUUAAGGUGGGCGAAGGAUCAACAACUGAUGUAUCGAGCCUGAAAGAAAGAGCAACAAAGAAGGCUCUGAAAAAGGGAAGUCAUUCAAUGCACAGUAUCGGCAUCUACGCGAAAGAUGACAACAAUAAAGCUGAACUUAUUGACGGUGGUGGCGGCGUUUGGUACGAACACGAUAUUUCCGACGACGAAGAUGAAGCAGCAGAAUCCGCGGAAGACGAAACAGGGGAAAAUGCCGAGAAAGUCGACGAUGGAAUUGAAGAGAAAGACGAAUAA